AGUAUCAUAUCAGGGACAGGAGAGGGAAGAGUAUAAUUCCGGCGGAGCGGAGGAGCGCAUGUGAAAUUCUGUGACUGCAAUAGGCAUGGCCACCGUCCCAACCAGCGCGCGUGUGGUGGGCGGCCCUUUCUGUUCAACCUUGUUUAUUUCGCGUCCUCUCGCAUCAAAACUUCCAACCUCCAAAGCAAAGAGGGAUUGUUACAGGGCAAGGUGUGCUUGGUUCCCCUCCCCACCAAAUGGCCACCAAAGCAGGCGGACCGUCUCCAUCACUCUCCUUUUCCUCCACCAGUGCCUCUGCCUCUCUACCCCUACACACGCUAACGCCGCCACUCUUUUGGAUAAGUACGUCAAGAAGAAAAAGCUUGACCCACUAGAAGUCUAUGUACCUGCUGUUCUAUUGACUCAAUCACAGAUUAAGGACUUAGAGAAAACAUUGGAAUCUGAACAACCCCAAUAUACUACUUGUCGGUCUCUUUUGCGUUCUGGCCCUGCAGCAUCUCUGCGUGUAAAUAUUCGAGCAGUAGCGCAGUAUGCAUCAGAAGCUGGCAAUGGUGAAGCUGCUUUUAACGAUGUUGACCAAUGCCUCAGAGCCUUGGAGGAACUCGAUUCUUUGUUUCUACGUGCAUCAAGAAAUGACCCAAAAGCUUUGCCUGCAUCAAUGAAAGAACAGAUUGGUAUUGCAGUAGGUGCAUUGGAUAGUCUCCUCCAAACUGUACCACCACUGGUGCUAGAUAAAGGGAAGGCGAUUGCAGAUGCUUAUAGGAUCCCUGAAGAAGAUGUUGGACCUGAAAGGUUGGACCCAGAAAUAAAGCAGUUGGAGUCAAUAUUAUGACAUCCUUGAAGGGUAUGUCAUGAAAUUUCUUUAUCUGCUCUUAUUUAUUAAGGUUGAACUAUCCCUCCUGAGAUGCUCAUCGGCAUACUUGGUUCUUGAAUGAUUCGGUGUUUUCCUAAUGAAUCUGGCACUAUUAAUUUUGGUGCUAUUCCCUCCAAGUCUGCAUUAUUAGAGUUGGCAGAAAAUUGAUAAUCCUGUAAAAUCUUGAAUUGCAACUGUAGGUUGAUGUAAAUGCGUUUAGUGCACUGCA